AUUCAAGACGCUAAAUAAGAAUCAGAGAAGCUAGUUAAUUAUUUAGGAAAUAAUUCUAGAAGCUGAACAAUUAUUUAGAAGAUAAUUAGAGAAUCGUUUGAAAGAUAAUUCCACAAAAAAAUCGACAAAAAGCGUCACGAUCCCAAUGAUCAAGAAAGCGGAGAGCACCGAAGCAAUCUCGAUCCGAUCUACCCCGAGGAUCUCUAGAUCCACGAGCACCGUUCCAACGACCUUUGAUCGCUGCGGCCGAGUGGCCGUGCAAUUGUUACUGGUUAUCCCCGACUUUUCCACCUGAGCACAGUGAUCUUUCUCACCCGUGGUGGGGGGAGAGGAGGACGCCGCGGUCCAGCUCCCCCAUUGGCGAACGCUCCACGUGCUGGUCACGGGCGGGCCCGGGUGGGGGCAGCCUGCAAUGUCUCUAACACAAUUUUUGAACUUCCACCGACCCGAGUUUUCAUCACUUUUGCACAGAAGCGCACGCGGCACGCACCUGUCCGGUCGCGGACUCCUUCAACUCUGCGUGAGAACCCAAGCUGUCUUUUUGCGAUCGAGAGUCGCCUUACGAAAAAUCGUCCGCGGGGAAAAGUCUGUGGAAAAUCGGAUUCCGGGAAAGUCUGUGGAAAAUCGUCUGUGAAAGAUCGUUUUUGAAAUAUCGUCUUCGGAGGGACGCCGUUCGAAAAUCGUCUCGGAUCAAUCGUGUACCGAAAUAUCGUCUUUGAUUAAUCGUCCGCGGAAAAUCGGACUGCAAUAAUCGUUCACGGAAAAUAGUCUCGGAAAAUCGCCUUUGGAAAAUCAUCUUUGGAUCGUCGUCUUUGAGUAAUCGUCUCUGGACUGUCAGCUUUGGAAAAUCGUGUUCGGAAAAUCGUAUUUGGAAAAUCGUCUCCGGAAAAUUGUCUUUGGAAAAUCAUCUUUGGACUGUCGUUUUUUAAUCAUCGUCUCUGGACUGUCAGCUUUGGAAAAACGUGUUCGGAAAAUCGUUUUUGGAAAAUUAUUUUUGGACUGUCGUCUUUGAAAAAUCGUCUCUGGACUAUCACCUUUAGAAAAGCAUCUUUGAAAAAUCGUGUUUGUAAAAUCCUCUUCGGAAAAUCGUGUUCGGAAAAUUGCCUUCGGAAGAUCUUCAUUGGAAAAUCGCCUUCGGAAAAUUUCCUUCGGAAGAUCCUCUUUGGAAAAUCGCCUUCGGAAAAUCGCUUUUAGAAAAUUAUCUUCGGAAAAUCCUCUUUGGAAAAUCGCCUUCAGAAAAUCGCCUUCGGAAAAUCGCCUUCAUAAAAUCAGUCGAAAAAUCAACCUUAAAGUGCACUCGGAAACGUCGCCGCUGGAACCGAAGAGCCUGUGAUCGAAGGGUCGCGUGUCCAGAUCUUUGACAUUUGACACCGAGUGAAGUGUACGGGUCAAAAUGAAGGACUUCAUGAUGAUAUGGAACAGGAUCGCCGGCCGCCGGUACUCGGCCGUCAAUACGCAAACAAACGGGACGACGAACCAGAGCCAGAGCGACUCGAGCGAGUCCGAGGAGACGGCGAUGACGAUCGGCCAAAAGACGAGCACCAUCAGGAGAAAGUCGUCGCUGGUCGUGAACCGUCUGUUCAACGCGGCGUUGUCCCCGGUCCACUCGACCGCCGGCACAGCGAAGCAACAGAGAAACAUUUUCUGGCUGAUGGCACUGGGCCUGUUCAGCCUGGCAUUCGGCUUCAUAUUCGUCGUGUUCGAGCCCUACGAGAUGCUGUUGAAGUUCAAGGUCACGUUCGGGCCCGGAGGAGAGAUCUUCGAGAUGUGGCGGAAACCAGAGAUCGAUCUCUACCUGAAGGUCUACCUGUUCAACGUGACAAACCACGAGGACUAUAUGUCCGGCAAGGUCAGCAAGCUGAAGUUCCAAGAGGUCGGGCCUUACGUGUACAGAGAGGCCUUCGAGCACAAAGACGUGGACUUCAACCCUAACGGGACGGUAACCGCAAACGUGUACCACCCGUUGAAGUACGUGCCGGAAAUGAGCGCCGGUGCCGAAGAGGACCUCCUGAUCCUGCCGAACAUAGCGUUGCUGAGCAUCACCAAUGUGAUGAAGGAUGCGGCCUAUUUCACCAGGCUCGGUUUGAACAUGUUGAUCCAUCACACCGAUUCCCAGCCUUUAGUUCGAAUGACUGCUCGAGAGUUCAUGUUCGGCUACGAGUCCACGCUCGUCACCCUCGGCAACAAGAUGAUGCCAGCGUGGAUCAAGUUCGACAAGCUUGGACUAAUUGAUAGGAUGUACGAUUUUGACGGGGAUUACGAAACAGUUUACACUGGAGAAACCGACGUCACUAUGUCGGGGCUGAUUGAAAAGUACAACGGCGACGUGAAUCUGCCGCAAUGGACGGGGAAGUGCGCGAACGUGAACGGCUCCAGCGACGGAACGAAGUUCCCUGGUUUCAUCAAGCCGAACGACACCGUGCUCUUCUUCAGGAAGAGUCUGUGCCGCAGUGCUCGCAUGGUUCACACGGGAGAGAAGACGAUAAGCGCACUGGACACGUACAAGUUCUCGAUCAUCGAGAACGAACUGGACAACGGCGUUUAUAAUCCGGAGAACAAGUGCUUCUGUCGUCAGGGACGCUGUCUCCAGGCUGGCCUAAUCGACGUCACCGAUUGUUAUUACGGUUUCCCCAUCGCUCUGUCCUACCCCCACUUCUACAAAACAGACCCAACCGUGUUGGAAGCCGUGGAAGGUUUGAAUCCACAGACAGAUCUCCACGAGUCCUACGCCUAUAUACAGCCAAAAUCGGGACUUCCGAUGAACCUGGCAUUCCGGUUCCAAAUAAACAUGGCCCUGCAGAACAUCGGUCACAUGGCCCGAGUGGAAAAGUUUGAAAAUUUCGUGUUGCCGCUACUGUGGUUCGAGAUUGGUAUGUACGGGUUGCCGAUGUCGAUGGUAAUUCGCUUCUGGUUCUACCUGGUCGCGUUGCCGAUCAUGGCAACCGUGGCGAUGUACACGCUGCUGCUCGGCGGUGGCACGGCCAUCUUCGUCUCGAUUUACAAGAUCGUCUUGCAGCAGGCAAGGGGAUCGUUGUUGCCGCAGCUGUCCGACAUGAAGAAUCAGAAUCUGAAAUACAUCACGAACAGGCGGCUCUCGUGCAAGAGCGAGAUGGACAUACAGUACAGCUCCCUGAUGGAAGCCAAGGACUCGAACGGAACCAUCGCGUCGGAAUUGUCGAACCUGAAAGAAGAGAUGGUGUGAUCUGUGACAGACGAUUCUCGGCCCGGGAAGAGGCUAUUUCCUGCGUGGACCAGUUCCUACGCUAUAUCUGACAGAACGCUUCGAAUCGCUUCGAAUUUCAACGGGCCGGAGUCCGGGUUCAUACGUUAGGCCGGAGCUCGGAAUUAACAGGCACGCAACGCGAGCAUCGCGCGGGCCACGCCUCUUGGCUCUCGUUGCGAGGGCCACGCCUCUCGAGCAUUCGUGGGCCACGCCUCUUGGCUCUCGUCGCGUCGGCCACGCCUCCCGGUUCUCGUUGCGCGGGCCAGACCUCCUGGUUCUCGUCGCGCGUCUCCCCCUCCACGCAGUCAUCGCGGAGCGCCGCAGACGCGCGUGCAUGGUCAGGAGGCGUGGCGCUCGCGGCCCUAGCGUAGCGCGCCGCUUAAUUCCGAUCCCCGAGUUAGGAGAUGCUCCGAUCGUCCGUAUAGGUCGGUAGUCAUCGUUCGGCGGAUCUCUGCGUCGAGCAGCGCUCCAAGUGUCCGGUACACAGUUUCUUAAAAUCGCGGAAGGGUUCGAUUCGAGUGUCGUACGCGAUUUCGCGGCGCUGUUACCCCCUGCAGCGUCGUUCGUGUUUUUAUAUUUUUCUAUCGCGCGGCGCGCACGUCGACGCAAACGGUGCAAAUCCGCGACGUGUUUCUUGAUUCUGCAGAGCGUGAAUUAUUAUGCAUUAGAUACCGACGUCUAUUUUUCCGUGUAUUCAAUCAGUCUAUCCGGUGUCCGUUUUCAACGAAAACUGGGUGUUUGUUCGGCUUCCUCGAGAAUUCGUCACGGCGUUCGGAAGGAAUUGCAUGUACACGGGAAACGAAAUGAUAUUAAGACUGAUACUAUUAUAGACUGGCCGAUUAGUGAUUAAGUGGUUUUGGAUGUCGUUGAACGAUCGCGUUGGUUAAAAAUGCGGACGGGAGAUUACGGUUUGCGUCGUCGUUUAUGGUUCGAAUGCGAACGAUUGCCCGUCUGGGAUUGCACCGUUUGUUAUUCCAGCGCAUCAGUUAGCCGUUAGUUCUCCAUUUUGUGUAGAUUAUUCGCUUGUGUGGGUACAGUUAGAGCAACGAAGCUAGACGAGGGACCACUUUAGCUGUGUGACCGCAACCGUGUGUCCUUGAACGACAAGUGUUCAAAAGUAUUAUUUAUAGAGGAACAUUUUGUAACUUUUCAUGGAGGAGCAUUGUCUUGUUGCACGUGCACGGAAAUCGUCAUACAUUGUUACUAACAGGCGCGAGAUUAAUCGAUAUUGAUUGUUAACAUUGGAAGCGAACCUAUAGUUUAACAGCAGCUUGAGAGAAAAUUAAUAACAACGGUACGUAACGGUCGUUCGAUUGUAAUUCAGCUAUAUCUGCGAACGAAAAUAACAGGAUCUUAGCGUAAUUAAAGCUUUCUUUUUUUUUAAGUAGUGCUAUUAAAUGCAUGCGUAUGUAGAUACUUUUGAAAUAACGAUCUUGCCUGCAAUUUGUAGUUAUCGUGGAUCAAUUAAGGAAACAGUAUUUUUUUAAGCGCGAAACGAUGCUUACAACACGGGCCGUAUUGUCCAAGUGUUUUUAGUAACAUUGGUUAACGGUGUUUUAUCUUGUGUUCUUUUUUUUGGAACGGUCCUCUGGUGGUACCAUUGAUAACAUCUUGUAAUAAAAUAUCAAUCGUUACUCGGUGCUCUCGCCGUUCACGAACAUUGUAAUGCUUGCCAGUGAUAAUAUCAAUGAUACGAAUAAUUUAUGAAUAAUUGCUCAAACGAUAUUUUUAAUAAAAAUUUAUAUAUGUUGA